CAAAUACUUGACGCAGCCCUUCGUUUCCUUAUAAUCGCCUGGUGCUGCCAUCUCCCACACUCUUGCUUCCACCUCUUCCUCAGUCAGUCUGUUCGCUCGCUGCUCCCAUCUGCCUGCAUUCUUAUUACCUGGGGUUGGCUGUUGGUUCAUCUACCUCGACGCACCCUGCCUACAGUAAACUCCCCGACUCAGCUUGAUCGACUUCAACCGCCUUGUCUCGACAGUACAUUCAGCUCAAACAUCAUCACCAUGCCUACCGCCAAGCCCAAGUUGGGGAAGCUCACCACCCCCGUCACCGCUACCUUUCCCUCCGAGAUCACUUCGGCAACUCCUAUCUCGGCCAUCUCGUUCAACUUCAAGCCUGACCCGGACUUCAUCAAGACGCCCAUCAGCCCGCCUUCAGCUUAUACCGACUUCCUCACCAAGGCUAUGGCUCUCAACUCACCAGCUCCGAGCUCUGGUGAAACCACUCCCGACUCUAUCCCGGACUCGGCAACCAGUGAGGAAACCGACGCCUCCAGCAAGUGCAACACCACUCCGCCAUCAUCGGCUUCCAGCACCAGCUCCAAGACCUCAACCCGCCCUUCCCCUCCGGCCACGGCACCGAUGGUGCCUCCCAGCCCAUUCACCUACACUGCUCCCAUGUCUGCCCCUCCUACAGGGCCUGCUACCUUUCCCAGCCUUAAGCUGCCCCCCAGCCCUAGCGUGGCUAACUUGGACUCGCCCUUGAGCGUGUCCACUCCUCGCUCACCCUUCAGUGCCAGACCAGUCCACUCAGUAUUCGACUGGGACGCCGCCCUCAAGGCCCGGUUCGCCGAGAAGAAGAAGUCUUCACGAACCAGCGUACGCCACAUUCGGGAGGUGGUGACAAGAACCGUCACUUACACACCGAGAAUGGCUCCUGCGCCAAAGGGAAAGCGACGCAAGAUUGAAUGA